AUGCAAAGAGGUUCUUAUAAUAAUGAAAGAUCAAGUUGUGUUAAUAUAAAAGUUAUAGUAAGAUGUAGACCUUUAAAUGAAAAAGAAAAAAAUGAUAUAAAUAAUGAAGAAGUAGUUAAAAUACAUAAUAACGAAGUUAUAGUAACAGUAAAUAGAAAUAAUGAAAUUUAUGAAAAAAAGUACAAUUUUGAUUAUGCUUGUGAUAAGAAUGUAGAUCAAAAAACAUUAUUUAAUAAUUAUAUUUUUCAAAUAGUUGAUGAAGUUUUGGAAGGAUUUAAUUGUACAUUAUUUUGCUAUGGACAAACAGGUACAGGAAAAACGUAUACAAUGGAAGGUAAGAUAUUAGAGCUUUUAAAAAAUGCUGAUAAUAAAAAAUUAGAUUUAAGUGAUAGUAUAAAUAGUGAUAUAAACUGUUAUUAUGAAUUAUGUGAAAAUGAUGAUACUGGUAUUAUUUUUAGAGUUACUAAAAGAAUUUUUGAAAUAUUAAGUAAACGAAAAGAAGAAAAAAGUAAAAAAUUUGAAGAAAAUAAUAAUAUCAGCAAGAAUAAUAUAAAGAAUAUAGAAAUUACGAAUGAGGAAGAAAAGCGUCUUGAUUUAAAUAAAUCAGAAAAUAAAGAUAUAAAUAACAUAAAUGAUAUAUAUAAUAUAGAGAAAAAUGUGUAUGAUUUCAACAUAAAAGUAAGUUAUUUAGAAAUAUAUAAUGAAGAAUUGUGUGAUUUAUUAAGCUCUACAAGUGAAUCAAAUAAAUUAAAAAUUUAUGAAGACACAACGAAUAAAAAUAAAGGAUUAAAUGUAGAUAAAUUAGAGGAAAGAACCAUAAAUUCUUUUGAAGAAAUAUAUUAUAUUGUAUGUUCAGCAAUUAAAAAGAGGAGGACAGCUGAAACUUCAUAUAAUAAAAAAUCUAGUAGGAGUCAUUCAAUAUUUACUAUAACAUUAAUUAUGAAAGAUUUAAAUAAUGAAGGAGAAAGUAUAACAAAAAUAGGAAAAUUAAAUUUAGUUGAUUUAGCUGGAAGUGAAAAUGCAUUAAAAAGUUCUUUUGGUAAUUUAAAAAUUAGACAGCAAGAAAGUUGUAAUAUUAACCAAUCUUUAUUAACUUUAGGUAGAGUCAUUAAUGCUCUAAUUGAAAAUUCAUCAUAUAUUCCUUAUCGUGAUUCGAAAUUAACUAGAUUAUUACAAGAUUCAUUAGGAGGAAAAACAAAAACAUUUAUAGUUGCAACUAUUUCUCCAUCUUCCUUAUGCGUUGAUGAAACAUUAAGUACUCUUGAUUACGUUUUUAGAGCUAAAAAUAUAAAAAAUAAACCUGAAAUUAAUGUAAAAACUACCAAACAACUGAAAAUAAAAGAUUUAAAUAACGAAAUUGAAAAAUUAAGAAAUGCAUUAAACUUGAGUAGAGAAAAAAGAGGUGUAUAUUUAGACAAUGAAGAAUAUAAUAAUAUUCAGAAUUCUCUUAAAAAAAAUAAAGAAAUUAUAUUACAAAAAGAAAAAAUUCUUUUUGAAAAAAGUAAAAAAAUAAAAACAUUAUUAAGUAAAAUGGACUAUACUGAUGAUAUUCAAAAUCAAAUUAUUAAUUUAAUGAAAGAUGUCCUCUCUAAAUAUAAAAAUAUUCAAUCAUUACAUGAAAUUUUGAUAAACAAAAUGGUUGAAGAAAAGUAUAUUACACAAUUUUUAAUAAAUGAAUUUCAUAUGAUGGAAGAAAAGUAUUAUGAUAACAUUAAACUUUAUAGAGAAUCACAAAAAAAAAUAUCUUCUAUUAUAAAUGAAAAUAUUGUUAGUUUAAAAAAGAACAUCCAACAUAAUAAAUCAUACAUAAACGAAAUGUGUAAAAAUAUCAUGCAAAUAUUAGUUGACACGAAAAAACAUAUUAUAGAAAAUAAGCAAUUGUUGAUAAAAUCAAUUAAAGGAUUUUAUAAAUUAAACACAGAUUUAUGCUUUAAAAAAAAUGAUCUACUUAAUUUUGUCUUAGAUCACUUAGAUAUUAUUCAAAAAUAUGAUCAAAAUUAUAUAUUUAUAAUUGAAAAAAUAAAAAAGAAUAUAUUAACAUGCAGAAUUAAAUUAUUUACUAAUAAUGACUUAUUAUCUAUAGAAAAUCUUAAAAAUGAAGAAAUAACUUCAGAAUUACUUUUUAGUGAUAACUGUUCUAAAGAAACAGAAAAUACAAUUUUAAAAAGAAACGAAAGGGUAUCUAAAAUCGAAGGAGAAGAAUUAAAUGAAAAUGAAAAUAAUAAAGAUCAAAACACUUUAAAAAAUGAAAAGAACGUUGGUAAUUCAUUAAAUAUUAUUGAAGAUGAUAAAAAAAUUAUUGAUGAUAAACUAAAUGAAACUUUAUUAGAUGCAGAUAACAAUUUAAAAUUAAAAUCGUCUCUUACAAAAAAUAAUUUAAUUAUUUUAAAAGAAUUAACUUCAAACAAUGAGGGUAUUGAUGCAUUGAAAAAAAUUGAUAAUUAUUUAUCAGUAGAAAAAUUAAAUACAGAGUCGUUAAUUGAAUGUAUUAAAAAUAUUAGUAAUUUAUUUCAUAUCUUUCUUAAGUCUUUCAGUUUUUAUUUUAAAAAGAAUAUAGAUGAAAAAACUACCCUUUUGAAUACAGAAAAGAAAAAUAUUGAAAAUCUUAUUGAAAAUUUUCAUAAUGAUUAUAAAACAUUUGAAGAAAAUCUAAGUAAUAAAAAAUGUAAAAUGAUAAGUAAUUACAAGAAAAAAAUAAAUGAAGAAAUUCAAUUAUUCCAAGAAAAUGUUUUAGAAGAAAUAAAAACUGUAAUAUCAAAAAAUAUUGAUAACAUUAACAGUAAAAUUAAUGUUAAAUUAGAAUCACUAAAUAAUGAAUUACACAAUGAAGCUAAAAAGGAUUAUAAAGGUUUUUUUACGAAUUCAUUGAAAACCUUAAAAACAUUUUUAUGUGAUUAUAACGAAAAAAAUAUAAAUUAUCAUAAACAAUAUUACAAUAUAAAUGAUGAAUUUUAUAAAAAAAUUGAAAAAUAUCAUUCAAUUCUGGAUAAUAUUUUAAUAGAUUUAAACAAUAAAUAUAUUGAUGAAGAAAGGCAAGUUAAAAAUAAUAUAAAAAAUAUUGUUAAUAUAUAUAACAAUUUAGUGGAUAAGAAUAAUAAAGCUAUUGAUAAAAUAGCAGAAGAAAUUUAUCAUCAUACAAAUAAUAAUAUAGAAGAAAAAGAGCAGCUUUAUCAAAUUAUAUCAAAAAAAAUUCUACAAGAGAAAAAUGAUGUUUUAGAAAAAGAAAAAGCAAAUAUUCAUGAGUCCAAAUCAAAUGAAAAUAUAAAAAUAUACAACAGUUUAUUUGUAGAAAAUAUUGAAAAAUGUAACAAACGUAUAAAUAAAUUAAUAGAAAAUCUAAAAAAGGACUAUUUUCAAGAUAUUAACAUAAUAUCAAAUUAUGAAAUAGAGAAUAAGGAAGAAAUAAAAAACAUAAACGAAGAAGUUAAAAAAAUACGUACUUCUAUUAAUUCAGAUUUUAUUAAUAUAAAUAACAAAGAAGAAAAAAAUGAUUUCCAUUAUAGCGAUUAUGCAUACAAUGAUAAUAUUUAUUUAGAAAUAAAAAAUAAUAUCCUAAGGGAAAUAGAAGAUAUCUCUUAUAGUAGAAAUAUAGAUUUUAAAUGUUUAUUUGAAAAUAUAAAUGAAAAUUUAAAUUUUAUUAUUAAAGCUAAUGAAUUACCAAAAGAUAAAAAAUUAAGUGGUGAGUAUUUAUUUAACUUAAAUAAUUCCACAAGUAUAUAUCAUAAUAAUAGGAACAAUUUUAUUAAUGAAUAUAUAAAUAACCAAAAAAAUAGCAACUCGCAAAUGCCAAUAAAUAAUGAUCAUAAAUUCAUAAAUGAAAAAAUGCAAACUUCUAAUAAUUUAAAUAAAGUAGAAACAGAGAAUGAAAAUAUUAAGGCUCAAAAUAUAAAAGAAGAUAAAAAUGUAAGUAGUAAUGAAAAUAUGAAUAUAAGUUCUAUUAACACAAGCGAGAAUAAGUAUCCAACAACUAAAAUUAAAGUUAUUGAAAAUAGCAACUCAAAAAAAAAUUCUCCAACAUUGAAAAGAUUGAAAGAAGAUAAUUAUAAAAAUAGAAAAUUUAAACUUCCACGAAGAUCAAAAAAUUAA